AUGAAAUAUCAUACGUCCUUAUCAGAUCAUAUUCAAACUAAAAAACAUUCUAGAGUUUUAUCUGAUUUAGAUAAUACAGAACUAGAUAUGACUUAUAAUGAAGGAGAAUUUUUUAUUCUAUGCAUCAGAAACAACAGUUAUGAUAUAUUAAAUUCUCUAUUAGGUUAUUUUGAAGAAAAUCAACUAAAUGUUUAUAAAUCAAGUUUUAAUGAAUAUCAUAUACUAAAAAAUCAAAUGCGAGAUAUAUUAAGAACUGCUGUUAAAGAUGUAGAAUUGUCAACAGAAAUGAAGCAAGUAUUAUCUCCGUACUUAAAUUUUGAAGAUAGUGAUUCUGAUAUUGCAAAUUUAAGUGAUGUUAGUGCUGAGAGUUUGGAUAUUAAAGAAAAAUUAAAUCCUUCAGAAAACUUGUUAACUGAAGAAAAUUUAAGAAUACUUAAUCAAAAAUUUGCUCCUCAAAAGGAAAAGAAUAGUUUUCAAGAUGCUAUAGCGGAGCCAUUAUCAUCUAUUAUUCAUGAUGAAGAUGAAUUAAAUGGGAAUUGUGAGAAUCCAUAUAAUUUAAUAUUCAUUUAUAUAAAUCAAGAUUAA